AUGGUCGAAUCAACAGCAACUCCUCCGGCGACGGUCAUCCUUUGGGUACAUCCGUGAGUUCAGUUCAACUGGACUUGGCUGUCCGCCUUCCUGCGAGCUCUCGCAGUUUCUCGAAGGCGCGGCCACGUCAACUUUUCUGAGCAGGCUUCUCACGCGACCGGCGAUACUGCGAUUGCGCAAUUACCUAGCGGGUUUCAUCGCCGAUGAUGCAUGUCCAUGAAGCCAUGCUGCCAUGGACAACACGCCUCGGAGCAUCAACACAUCAACACAGUCCGAACAGAUAUUCGAGUGGAAGCAGGAGCUGAUUCGGUGCACGUUCAUCCGUCCCACAGCCGGUCAUGUAGCACCAUGUUUGAAUGCGCGAUCUUACAACGUCCCGACGACUUCGAGGUCCUCCACGAGCCGAUGGGUAAGUCUUGAUCGAUGCGCGCAGCUGUAGGGGCGACAUCCUCUCAUCGCAAGACUAAUGUGGUGCAAACGAUCAUCAAAAUCGAAUCAAAAGGGAUCUGACCACCGGACAACCCACAAUCUAUCAAACAGGGGAUGCUUUCUACUUCGGGCCUGAAAGGAUCUCGAAGCGGUAUUCACCUGAGCAAUGCGCGAAAGAAUUUCCGCAUUACGCCGAAGCAACGUUCAAGAAGGUAAAUUCCCGGAUAAUUGAAUUCGUUUGAGUUGCUCCCUUGUCCGAUUAAAGCCCACAUCAAUUUGAUCAUUUCUGGAACAGACAUGGGAAAAUGUGAUCAAGCCGAACGAGACGAAGCGAACUUUCUCCAAAGGUGGGGCUCGGAGAUAUCAUCCAUCGGCCUUAGAGAGAAAUGCUGACGUCUUGGGGACCCUUUCAGACAUGGCACAAUACAUCUGUAACCAAGCCUCCUCAACGGACAUCAAAUCCGUCCCUUCCCUCGGACCCGUCGAUCCUUCGAACCCAACCUUGAUCCCCAAAGACUCGCUUCUGUCCCCCUCCGUUAUCCACACUUUCCUCAUCCGCACCCCGUCGAAGGCCGUCCCGUCCUACCACCGUCUCUGUUACCCCGGUUCUCCCACCGGGUUCGAAUACUGGGACCCCGAAGAAACGGGUUUGAGGGAAUUGAGGUUGUUGUUUGAUUAUAUCAGGAAGCAGACGGGCAGGACGCCGUUGGUGUUGGAUUCGGAGGAUUUGUUGGCCGAUCCGGAGGGUAUUAUGAAAGUUUGGUGUGAUGAGGUGCAGGUCAGGUUCGAUCCUUCCAUGUUGGAAUGGAAUGAGGGGACGAGGGAGCAUUUCGUGAGCUUGCUCCUUUCCGCCGUGGGGUCGAAUUGUCUCCUGAUCGAGUCUUCGAAUCUAAUCCCCACCCACACAACCUCAACCUCGCAGAAAAAGUGGCCCGGCUUCCACACUUCUGCCGAAGCAUCCAAAGGUGUCGGGAAAGGUCUCUCCAAGGACCACAUCACGCCUUCGAAUCAUGGCACCCCGAAUGGCGAGACACCCAAGUUCCCCGACGAUGUCGUGGAAUGCAUCGUUGCCAAUACGGAGGAUUAUGAAUAUUUGAGGGGCUUCGUCAAGAAGGCUUGA